AUGAUUCAGGUGGCGCAGUCGUACGCAGCAGGCACCUUCCGCUGCGGGCCUCUGCAUCAGAUCUCAUUAGUGGGCACCGUGCACGAGGAGGUGGGCGGUUACUUCCCCGACAUGCUGGACAUGCUGGCGGCCAGCCCCUUCCUCAAGCUGACCAUGCCGUGGGGCCCGAUGUCUGCGGUUGAGAUGGAGCCACAGGAGUCCAACGACGGGCCCAUCCUGUGGAUCCGGCCGGGCGAGCAGCUGGUGCCUACUGCUGAGCUGGGCAAGAGCCCUAUUAAGAAGCGGAGGACCGGCAUCAACGAGCUCCGCAACCUGCAAUACCUGCCGCGCUACAGCGAGGCGCGCGAGUUCCUGUUCGAAGACCGCACGCGCGCGCACGCAGACCACGUGGGACACGGGCUCGACCGCAUCACCACCGCCGCCGUCGGUGUGCUGAAAGCGAUUCACUGCGGCGACGAGUCGGACCGCGGCCGCAUCACUAAAGACGUGGUCGCCUUCCACGCGGCGGACUUCAACCAGCUCGUGCAACUGCUACAAUUGGAUCUUUAUGAGCCGCCCAUCUCGCAGUGCGUCACGUGGCUAGAAGAAGCGAAACUCAACCAACUGCGACGUGAAGGCGUGCGCUACUCGCGCCUGCCGCUGUGCUCCGAUGACAUCUACUUCUUACCCCGAAACAUUAUCCAUCAGUUCCGCACAGUGUCUGCGGUCGCCUCCAUUGCGUGGCACCUGCGCCUGAAGCAGUACUACCCGUCGUCGGAGGCGUCGUCGCCGGCCGACGAGCGCCCGCCGCCCGACGCCGCGCCCGCGCCGCCGCCGCACAACCACGCGCCGCCUGACACUAAAAAGUCUUCAACAAAACAUAAGGAUGGAGUUAUAGAAAUGAGAGCGCUCAGUGCGAAAUUCAAAGAAAAACCAGCGUUGAAAGUGGGCGAAAACAGAAAGAGCAUAGAAGUCCAGACCAAACCCGAAAACAAGGACGAGAAGAGAGACAAAAAAGUCGAAACAAAAACGGAAAGGACAGAAAAACCGGACAAAGAAAUCAAAGUGGAGAAAACUGAAAAAGACAGGACAGAGCAAAAAUCUGAAAGGACAGAGCAAAAACCGGAAAGGACAGAGCAAAAACCGGAAAGGACAGAGCAAAAACCUGAGAGGACAGAGCAUAAAGCAGACCAUAAAUCAGAGAGAAACGAUCACAAAUCCGAGCCUAAGUCGGACAAAACUGAAAAGUCAGAUAAAGUGGAUAAAGACAAAAACCACAGGCAUAAAGACUCUGACAAACACCGAACGGAGAGGUCAGAGAAACAUGAUCACCACAGGCGGCAUUCGUCUUCGUCGAGAUCGCACAAGUCGCAUAAAUCCGACCGGAGGGACCACAAGGAGCACAGAAAGGACGACAGAAGCAGGACAGAAGAUAGAAAGUAUGAAAACAAGCACAGAGAAGUGAAAGAAAGCAAAGUGGAAAGUGUCAAGUUACCGCAAACGGUAGUUCAUCGACCACCCGAUUAGUGAUAGUGUGUGAGAACCGAUCAAGUUUGAAGUGGUGUCAGUUUCAUUUUGCUGACGUACGAGAGGACUGUUUCGUUUCUAGAAAACAUAUCCCGAAUCCACGGACACCCGUAAGUAAUUUAGCAUAGAGGUUGGUUUGUUUAUACUCUAACUUGACAUGUUGACUGUUGCGAAUUGACUGCUAAGUUCUAGUUAAAAGUAUAACAAAACUUUGAUGGCUAUCUUUGGAAUGGAUAAGAAAUAUUUCAAACUCCUUACGAGUAAUCAAUUUGCAACUUUCAACAUGAAACAAUAAAUGAAAACAUCGUAAUAAACGUAACCGGAAUUUAAUACGAGAUAAUAAAUAUUGUAGUUAUUGAAUUAAGAUAUUUAUUUACACUAGGUAAGGUCCAUUCUUGUUUUGGUCUAGCAAAAUGAUCCUUCGUCCUAUCUUCAUGCUUGAGAAUUAGUGCUUAGGAUAGUCUUUUUGUAAAUACUGAUUAGUCUCUUAGAGGCUAGUAAGGUUGAGAUGAAUGUGAGCGCAGUUUUAGAUGCCAGUGAAUUAUUUUACUAUUUCUCUUUGUAAUUUGAAACAAUUAAUUGGCAUUUAUGUAACACAUACACUAAUAAAAAGACAAGAAAACAUUGUAUAGGAUGUCCUAAAAUUAGCACAUCACCCUAGAUGGGCGCCUAAGAUGCAUUGUACAAGCCUGCAAAAUCCAUUAAAAAAAUAACUAAAAUUGAUCAUCUUCCAUAACUUGAAUGAUGCGUCUUAGGCCCGAUUACCUCCAGUGUCAAGUGACGUGCUAAUUUUGGGACACCCUGUAUGUAAGGCCCAGAACAGACGGUGAAACGCGAUUGCAACGAAACUGCAACUUUCUGAUGAUUCUGAUGAAUGAAACUGAAACUGAAAGUUUCAAACUGAUCGCGUCAUGUCUGGUCUCUCAACGGACGCUAUGGCAGAAACUUAGAUGCAACUCAAAAGUAACUAGCAGUUGCAGUUUCGUUGCAGUUGCGUUUCACCGUCUGUUCUGGGCCUUAAGCAUUGAGGUUUAGAGUUUUCUGAGACUGAAACUUUGUCUAGAGAAUUUUCUAUUCAUCCAUCUUUGAUUCCUGUUGUUGACAUUUGCAUACACUUACGUUUUUUUAUAUGUAAUGCGUUCAAAAAUACAUAAUAUCGAAAUAAAUAGAUGUUUCUGGAAAAAUGUCUUAGAUUUCAUAUUAAACGUUUUUUCUAUGUGAAAUUAAAUCAUAUAUCUUAUGUUGUGAAUAACAUAAGUACUGAUAUAAGUGUAAAAUGUACUAUUAAACUGUCAUUUUUAAUGUUCAUCACGUAGUACUUUUUAUGCUCAUAAUCUUGUUUUUUUGCAAGCAAGUCCCAUAAGAUUUAUUGUAGUUAUCAAUUAAAUCUUAAAAUCAAUCUUUGUUAUGUAAAUAUUUACAAUAUAAAGUCUAAAACUGCGGGCGAUUGUGAUGUGAAAAGAGUUUUAAAGCGACGAAAGAGAAUAUAAUAAAUAAAUUUUAAGACAAGAAAUUAAAUUAAUAUUCACACAUAUUUCUAAAAUUGCACUAAGAUUACAGAAAAUAUAUUCUGAUAGAGUAGCUAAGGGUAAUUUUUAACAUUUUGUGAUUCUUUUUUUUACUUUUAUUUAUUAAACACUGAGAUAUAAAUCAUUCAUGGUUGUAAUGGUAUAUUGUGCUUUCAUACAUAUUGUACAAGUAUUUUAUACUUUUAUAUGAUACUGAUAAAUAAAUAGAUGGUAAAUAUUACAAAAUAUGGGCAUGAAAGAUGGGGCAGAAAGGUUCUGGAAUGGAGGCCGCGUACCGGAAAACGCAGCGUGGGACGUCCACCUACAAGGUGGACCGACGACAUCGUAAAGGUAGCAGGGAAGCGCUGGACGCAGACCGCUGCCAAUCGAUCAACAUGGAAAGCAUUGGGGGAGGCCUAUGUUCAUUGUUCAGCAGUGGACGUCCUAUGGCUGAAAUGAUGAUGAUGAUGAUGAUUACAAAAUAUGACACCACAAUAUUGAUUAAUUUAUCAGCUGUAGUUAAAUUGAUGUGGGUAGGACCUUUGUACCCCAUUGGUAUUCUCUCAUGGCAUAAGUUCGUUCGUUCGUUUCAGCCGAAAGACGUCCACUGCUGGACAAAGGCCUCCCCCAAGGAUUUCCACAAUAAGUAUAAUAAUGUAAAUACCAUGCUUACAUUAUGUAUAACACUUUUGCAAUAUUUUCACAGCGUUACAUAUUUUUAUUUCUCUCUCUAAGAACCAAAAGUAGUUAUUUCACAAAUCUAGACUUGUAUUCACAGACUCAAGUAUUCAUUCAAAGAAAAAAUAGGGAACUUAAAAAAAACCAAAUGCCUAACAUGAACAACUGUGUGAAUUGCAUACCAUGUUACUGUUACAACCAUGAAAGAUUAAAAAACUGAAGAUAAAUGAUGAUAAGUCAGUCUCAUUUCGAGUCAUCUUGAUGUUGAUACAGUAAGUCGCUGAUAGUUUUUAUAGAAGUGAGCACCUAAUAAUAUUAUAGUAGACCAUUUAUAGGACAAACGUUUUUACAAAGCUUAUUUCGCUGUUAUAAAAUUGUUACUAAUAUAAAAGGCCAUAUUAUGAACUUAAAACUUGAUUUAAACUUGAGUAUAAAUAUACUGUGAUUGGUGCAUACAUUUAUUCUUGGGUUUGAUCGAUUGAUGCCCAUUUUCACCAUCAAUCCCUAAUUUUUAAGUGACUCCUAUGGUAACACUUAUCAGGAAUUUUGUUUUCAUAGGGGUCACUUAAAAAUUAGGGAUUGAUGGUGAAAACGGGCAAGAAACUCAAUUUGAGUAUUGUUUCAGAAUAUGGUUUUUUGACAUACAAUAUAAUGCUGUUGACAUUUUUUAGCCAGUAAUCAUAACAAAACAAAUCUUAUUAGACAAAAUUAGAAGAAAUUAAUAAUUUAAUAUGAAGUUAAUAUUGCUACAUUCAUGAAAAGAAAGAAAAAAGUUCAGAAGGAUCCGAGAGCGAAAAACUGUCCCAACUGAGCAUAGUCCAAACACGACCAUUAUGAUUCGGUGUUCUCCAUAUUCAUGUAUUUUUUUUGGCUAAACAGUCUAAUGUUAUAAUUAAAAAAAACCUCAAGCAAAGUAAACUAAUUCUAAGAAAACAUAUCACUCAAUUUUUAAAGCAGUUUCAUUAUUAUUUAUUAAAUUAUGAAAUUAGUAAAUCACCAAGGACCUAAAAUACACUUGCAAAUAAUAACGAAAUAUUCUGUAAAUAUUGUCUGAAAAGAUUUUCAUUCAAAUCACUAUAAAAAUUUUCUCAGCUAAAUACAAUAUGACAGAGUUUGAUCAUUGUUGUUCGUUGUUCUUGGCAUCGAGUCAAAAUACGAGAUAUCUACCUCAUAGUUGAAAAUUACUGUCAAUGAUUUAAAAUGUUUUUCGCAAUCUCGUCAUUCGGACGCAAAAAUAAACGAUCCCGAAACGUGUAUUUAAAUUAUUUGUCAGACAGUUGAGGUUUUCAAUUAGAAAAAUUACACCCUACCUCUUGAAGCAAUAAUAAUUGUGUAAAAAUACGUAAUUAUAUGUUAAUUCUUUCAGAUGUUACAAAAGAAAGACUUGCAAAUAAUAUUAUAAACUAAGAUUCUGUUACUUUGAAUUUUAGAUGAUGUAAGAAGUGAAUCAACCUCUUCCUUAUGGUGUCUCAAAAAUACGUCAAAUUGAGAAGAUAUCUUGAAAGGUUCCUCCCCUAACGAAUUUUAUUAUUCUGGUUUUGUAUUCUGGACAGUGACAGAAAGUUAACAUCGAAAUUAUACUUUUGCCCGUCACUGCUAGUAUGUACUCGCCUACUAGUGCCUUCAACAAGUAAGGUUGUCCAAGCGAUAAAUACUGGUACAUAUACCAGAAGUAUGCACAUACAUACUUAACGUGUCGUGAAAAACGCAAUAAAGCGUUUACACCAUCAAAAAAUUAUAGGCUCUAAAUGUAUGGGCUUGUAUUAGAUUUUAUAACCAAAUGGAAACACACAAUUCUCAUCCAGUUAUGUUAGAGAAACAGUAUUAUUUAUAUUUAAUUUAUAGCAAACGUUUAUGAAUAAGAUGCUUGCCGAAUAAUAGGGUACUUCUACUUAUCCUAUGAAAUUGUGAUUUGAUUGCAGGGAAGGGUCCUAUGAAUCAAUUUUAUGUGAUGAAAAAUGUUUAAAAGUACUUUAUUGACACACUGAUUUUGAGCUAAGAAUAUGGUUCAAGUUUU